GCCUGUUUGAAAUCAGUGUGCUGGCAGUGAGACACAGCUGCAUUUCUUCUCCUGAUAUUGCCUUUAGGAACAGCCUGCAUGAAUUUCAUUUAAAAACAUUUCCGUUUAUCUCUCACACACUCACUUCAUUUCAGUAGUUUUUAUUCUUCUACUGGAGAGAGGAUGGCUUUUCCAAAGGAGUUCCUUACGUUUAUUUUGUCUCUGAUGGCACCACUUGUACUUUAUACAGCAAACCACAUUUCUGCUUUGCAAACGCCACUGGUUAUACUGGGAGUUGAAGUAGCUAUUCUUGCUGCAGUUUUCUUCCUGGCAUAUCUGUGUGUUCGAAAAGAUAAAUCUGUGGACUUCCUGUUUUAUGUAUUCGUUGUAUUUUCUUUCACCUCCAUCGUUGACCUUACGUGUGCUCUUGAGCUGGAUGGAUAUAUCAAAGGCUUUAUGGAUUUCUACAUUAACAAGGGUGAACCCUAUUUGAACACGGCCCAUUGCAUAAUGAAGAACUACUGGAAUGGAGGGGUGCACUUUGUUUUGCUGCUCUCCAUAAUCCACCGCAUGUGGAAAGGGAAGCCAUAUCGCAGUUUGGCUCUGCUUUGGGCCGGUUCCAUGGUAGCCACUCAGAUCGUCUUUAUUCCAAGCAUUGUUAUAGGUAAACAUGCUAAGAACAUCUAUCCAGCCUUUUGGCUCAGCCUCUUUUUCCUGAUCCUGCCCAUGUGGACAGCAGUGAAGCUUUUCCUCAGGCCGAGAGAGCUGCCAAUCAUUCCAGCAGACAAGAUUGCAGAAGAGCAAAAGAAAAGACUUUUGUCUCGCCCCAAAGACCUCCUGCUCACACUCAUUGUGCUUGGAGCCAUGGCCUUCACUGUAUUCAGAGGAUUUGUUGUUCUCGAGUGCACGCUGGAUGUGUGUUUCACCUACAUUUACCAGUAUGAGCCCUACAUGAAGGACAGUGUGGCCUUCCCUAAGGUCAUGAUGUUGGUGUUCCUCUUCUAUGCUUUGCCCCUGCUGACGCUGUUAGUCUAUGGGCUGACUGUUCCGGGAUGCACUUGGAUGAUGGACUGGACUUUAUUCCUCGCAGGAGCUAUAGCUCAGAUGCAGUGGACGUACAUCGGUGCGUCCGUGCACUCGCGGACACCCUUCACCUAUCGCAUCCCUAAAGAGGAGUGGAGGCUAGUCAUGAGCCUCAACCUUGUGUAUUUGGCUGUUCCUGUCCUGCUGGCUGCACGCUGCUACAUAGACCCAGCCUUCUUCAUGAAGCCGGUGCCUCCGGGACAAACAGACAACGACAAAAAGCACAAGUAGAUGCAUAAAACCCGAGCGAAGCAACGGUCUUACGAAUCUACAAACUUAAACACGUAUGUGAGACGGGAAAUGAGACUCCUGAUUGUGUCUGGAAUCUGAAGCUUCCAAUGGUGGACUUCAACUCUUCUCCAUUCCUGAAUGACCCUUGUCUCUGCUGUGUGGAUUAAAAUCAGCUCCACUGUUCUCGAGCUUAUCUCUACUCGAAGAAUUAGUCAUUUGAUGCAAUCCAGACAGCAACUCUGGACUCUGACACAUACAUUUCUGCCAACGCAACACAGAGUGUGGAAUUACUUCAUACUGUGAGUCUUUCAGGCGUGAUUUCAAAGCAGUGUUUAUCUGCAAAGGAAUCUGCAAAGAUCUAAUGCUUAAAUCCUCCGUUCCUAAUGAGCCAUUGUGAUGUACAAGAAUGUAAUUGUCUUCUCCCAAAGUGUUUUGUUAUCUCUAGACAGUUUUCUUUCUAAUUAUCUUUGUUAGGAUUUUUUUAAUUUUUUUUAUCACGGUUGCUUGUUUUUGUUUUGGAGGAUUUAUAUGAGGAUGAAACUGAUCUUUAGUAAUAAAAAAAAAAGAAAGAAGAAGAAACAAAUCAGAACCUUUUUUUUUUAAAAAAAAAAAAAAAAAAAAAAAAAAAAAAGCACACCAGCAGCUGUUAUUGAGUGCAUGUUGCCUGAUAUGAAUCUAAAGUCUUGUGAAAUGCACUGUUUAUUAUACUCAGGGAGGGAGGAAGGGAGGUGCAGGUUGCAAAAGACACUGUAAUAUGUAUGAGGUUUUAUUGAUUAGAUUUUCUUUACAUGUAUGCCAGCUCAUUUUGCUCAUCCGGCCAAACCCAUACCUCUUGGCACUACGCUUUAUAAAUGACAUCAUGCAAGCCGUAGAGUUUCAGUUAUCCUUCAGUACACCUGCCCUAGUGAACUCUGACCCCACUGUUUCACAAAGAUAACUGGGGAAUGACUAAGGGUUUUCGCAACAAAGCUUUUAAUCAGAAACCGUUACGGUUCUCUGUUUGUGAUCUGCGGCAAACAUAGUGACUAAUAGUGAACGCUUUAUUUUAAGGAACACAUAUAACCGGUUAAUGACGGUCAUUGUUAUUUGUUUAAUAAAGCUCAAAUUGGACACUUGUUACAUAACUAGACAUCUGUUAUGUAAAAAUGAGGACUAAUUGCAUUAUUAGUUGUAAUCAUUCUCAAUAAACAUUAUAUUAAAACCUUGUUAUAUACAGUAGACUGUUGUGCAUAAGAUAACCUAAAUGUCCAUUUAAUGAACAGUUAAUGACAGGGUUACUAGGGUCACAGUCGUCACCCCAACCCACCCCCCCCCCAAUACUCUGCAACUGCCAGUAUUUUCUUUUAUAACAAAUAAUCAAAAAUCUAAUACAUUUCUGCAAACAAAGGCAAAGUGUACGAGUGCAGACGGUGUGAAUAUUUUGUAAAGGGAAAGGGGCUCUGGUUGCGGCUCAGGUGGUAGAGCGGGUUGUCCAUUAAUCGUAGGGUUGGCUGUUUGAUUCCCGGCCCGCGUGACUCCACGUGCCGAAGUGUCCUUGCGCAAUACGCUGAACCCUAAGUUGCUCCCGAUGCUAGCGCCUGCUAAGGUUAUAAGCGCUAUAUAAGUGCAGACCAUUUACCAUUAUUAUGGACUGGAUAAUAUAUAUCUAUAUAUCAGAAAUUCCUGCGCACCACGGUUACUUCAUUUUCCAUGCAAAGACUGUGAAAAAGAAAAAAAAACUUCUUUUCCAGUGCCAGGAUUUUUUGGGCUAGUUUCAGGAGUUUUGUAUGGUUUUGUUGGCUGGAAAUGUUGCUGAAAACAUGAAACGAUGACACUCUCUUAUGUGUGUCUUGCACAUGGCGAUGGGGAACAACUAAACAACUUUUGAACAACUGUAUGUCUAAAUCCGCUCAAGACGAGCUGCUAGACUGUAUCAUGGAUGAGUGUAUGUUGUCAUCUCUCAACUGCCUAUUACUGGUUUACUCUAACAAUGCACUAGGCUAUAGUUUAACCCAACUCUCAUAGCUUUCUUGCCUUAAUUUUUGUUUCAGGCUAUAUAUUUAUUAUUGUUGUCCUGCCCCAAUAAAAUCAAUGGUCAUGUGCCA